ACACAGCGAUGGCAGAGCAGUUCGACCCCUCGACCCACCCUCAUCGCCGCUUCAAUCCCCUCACAAACGAGCACAUCCUCGUUUCCCCGCAUCGUACAAAGCGUCCCUGGCUGGGUCAAACGGAACCGCCUCAAGCAGUUUCCCUCCCCCAAUAUGACCCGGCCUGCUAUCUAUGCCCAGGUAACGAGCGUGCUGGAGGACAGAAGAAUGACGUCUAUGAUGCCACAAUGUCCUUCGUCAACGACUAUGCCGCUGUACUCCCUCCUCCGGGACCACUCGCCCCUGUGGCACCACACCCGUUGCUGACGACCGAACCGGUGAAUGGGGCGUGCGAUGUUAUCAUAUUUCAUCCUCGUCAUGAUUUGACGCUGGCCAGGCUGGCCAAGGAGGAUAUUCUGAGGAUCAUUGACGAGUGGAUUGCGGUCUAUAAGAAGAGAGGUGAUCAGGAGGAGAUCAAAUACGUGCAAAUAUUCGAGAACAAAGGCUCCAUGAUGGGAUGCUCGAAUCCUCAUCCACACGGACAGGCAUGGUCCCUGACAGAGAUCCCCCACAUCCCCUCCCUCGAACUUAGUUCACUCACUAAAUAUUCCCUCAACUCGGAUAUCCCACCCUCUGAUGCGCCACGCGGGCCGAAAGGACGUCCGUGCAUGUUGUGCGAGUACGCGCACUUCGAGGUAGGGGCUGAGCAGGAUGAGGGAAGAGUUGUGGUGAAGAACGAGGAUUGGGUGGCAUUGGUCCCGUGGUGGGCAACUUGGCCUUUCGAAAUCAUGCUCCUACCAUACAAGCGCCACAUCCCCUCCCUCACACAUCUCAGCUCGUCCGAGAAAUCCUCCUUCGCCUCCAUCCUCUCCGCUAUCACCAAGCGCUACGACAAUCUCUUCUCUUGUUCCUUUGCUUACUCAAUGGGCAUCCAUCAACGACCUGUUCCCGCAAAGGAUGGGGUCGAGACGGCUCCGGAACAAGACGAAGAGAAUGUGGCGCAUCUGCACCUCCACUUCUUCCCUCCGUUAUUGAGGAGCGCGAGCGUCAGGAAGUUCUUGGUUGGGUUUGAGCUUAUGGCAGAGGCUCAAAGGGACCUUACUCCUGAGCAGGCUGCCGCUCGACUGAGGGCGUGCUCAGAGGUGCAUUAUCUCGAUUCUGCCGUUGCUGGCAGUUAGAUAUAACAGAUAUGGAACUAAGAGAAUAUGUAUAAUUCCUCUCGAGCCGUAGAAUAGAAUAUAUGUGUACGAAAUGUAGUGUACUUCAAGUCGCUCGAUGUUUAGGGGCAACAAUGCUGUUUCGUUCUCGC